AUGCCUUUCAGAGACGAUAAAACAAUUGCUUUCAAAGAUACUGAUUUAUUCAAAUCAAUCAAUGUUGGUUCAGCUGAAUUAAAACAAAGAAUUGUUAUGGCUCCAUUAACUCGUUUACGUUCAACAAACUAUGUUCCAAAUACUGAAUUAUCAGCUAAAUAUUAUGGUCAAAGAGCUCAAAGAGAAGGUACUUUAAUCAUCACAGAAGGUACUUUUAUCUCUGCUGAAGCUGCUGGUUAUAAACCAGCUCCAGGUAUUUUCACUAAAGAACAAAUUGAAGCUUGGAAACCAAUCCACAAGGCUAUUCAUGAUCAAAAAUCAUUUGUUUUCCAACAAUUAUGGAAUUUAGGAUGGCAAUCAUGGCCAGCUGCUUUAGCUGAAGAUGGUUUACAAUAUAUUGGUGCCACCACAGAUGUUUAUAUGGAUGAAGAUAGUAAAAAAGCUGCUUUAGAUGCUAAAAAUCCAAUUCAUGGUUUAACAAUUCCAGAAAUUAAAGAACAUGUUGCCAACUAUGUUAAAGCUGCUAAAAAUGCCUUAGAAGCUGGUGCUGAUGGUGUUGAAAUCCAUUCAGCUAAUGGUUAUUUAUUAAAUCAAUUCUUAGAUCCAAAUUCAAACAAAAGAACUGAUGAAUACGGUGGUUCAAUUGAAAAUAGAGCUAAAUUCACAUUAGAAGUUGUUGAUGCACUUGUUGAAGCUAUUGGUAAUGAAAAAGUUGGUAUUAGAUUAUCACCAUAUGGUUGGUUUGGUAAUAUGACUGGUAAAAAUGAUCCAGAAUUCAUUGCUUUAUACGCUUAUGUUAUUGCACAAUUAGAAAAAAGAGCUCAACAAGGUAAAAGAUUAGCUUAUAUUCAUUUAGUUGAACCAAGAGUUACAUCACCUGCAGAUGCUGAAGGUGUUAAUGAAGUUGAAGGUUCAAAUAAUUUUAUUUAUGAUAUUUGGAAAGGUAAUGUUAUUAGAGCUGGUAAUUAUGCUUCAUAUCCAGAUAAUGCUAAAACUGAUGUUUCUAAACCAAAUACUUUAUUAGCUUAUGGUAGAACUUUUAUCUCUACACCAGAUAUUGUUGAUAGAUUAGAAAAAGGUUUACCAUUAAAUGCUUAUGAUCGUAAUACUUUCUAUAAUCCAGAUGCUAAGGGUUAUACUGAUUAUCCAACUUAUGAAGAAGCUAUAAAAGCUGAAAAAGUUGAAGAUUUAAAAUUGAACUAG